ACGCGCACGUUUUCCUUCUAAAUUAAAAAUGAACUGAACAAAAAGAAAAAUCAAAUUUGUCAUUUCAUAAUUUUAUAUUAGGUAUUUCUUAAUUGUGAUAAAUUGAUAUUGAUUUCCUGAUUUCUAAAGGUACUUAUCGAAGAUAACUCGAUUCUCUCCGAAUUAACUCUACCCUUCAAUAAUUCCAAUCCUCUUACAAUGAGUAAAACGAAGGAGAAUAGUAAAAUUACUCUAGGGAUGAUAAAAGGCAAAGCUAUGAAUACGUCCGUUCCUUCCAUAGCUAUUCGUUUCAAUGCUAAUGCCGAAGAAAUAGAGGAAUUGUAUCAAAGCGAAGAUGAACCCAUAGACAAGUUGCACAGUGACAAGGGAACUACGGAUGCCGACACUAGUCCAUUACGCUAUUUACCUCGCUUAGGAAAAAGAUGUACAAGUAUUGAUACAUCUUUCGUCGCGCAAGAUUCAUCGCCGCCUUCGGAUCGUUGGAAAUUUUUUACAGAAAUAAAGGGUAAAAUUACAAAGAGCGUAGAGGAAAUAAAGCAAAGAAACCAAGAAGCUGACAGUUUAAUUAGGAAAGCAAAAGAUACCAAAGACCACUCUAGUCUAUCCGAUUCAGAUGAAUUAUCAGAGAGCAGCUUGUCACGUACUUGCGGCGUUUCGACAACCGAAGGUGUCGAAAUGUCGACGGACGACGAAACGCCAUCGCUAGAAAAGGACAAAAGGCCGAGCGACAUCGCUCGUAACAGUACAAAACAUUACAGGUACAAGACAUCGCGAAGCAAGCGAUCGCGUAAAGAUGAUAACGUCAACAUCGCGAAUCUCGCCGAACUGUACGAGAUUACAACUGGCUCGAAACCGAACCUGUCGAUGCACGACGCGAUGUCGCACGAUAGUUUGGACGUCGAGAGUGGCGUCGAGGCGCUUGAAGAUGCCCAGCCUCAGGCAGCUAACGACGCCGUGGCCGAGGAGAGUUUACAUUUCAGUGAGGAUCGCGAAGGUGUUCUGCUUCGGAUUGCGGAUCACAUCGAAAACAUCGAGGUGCAAGAGGGGAAUAAAGUAAAAGUUUUACCUGUAGCCGGCUCAACCAUUAAACACACUCAGCUUAAGGAAAAUUCCAGUCGCACUUACUUCGAGCCGCAAGGUUUCGUGGAUCUAAGAGUUACCGAGUCCAAUACAUCCCUAGCUAAUAGAGCAUAUAAUUUUAGGUAUUUACUAGCAGUGGUGCUGUGUUUGCUUUGUCACAUUUUUUCCAUAAUACCCUUCUAUGUCUAUGGAUUUUCGUCGGGGAUAUUUGUCGUGAUAGUUUACAAUAAAGUGUAUAGUAAAUAUUUCGAGUUGGCGGCAGAGAAGACGAGCCUCUGCGAAACGUUUGUUACCGCUGAUUCGCCCGAACAGGCUAUAUUUGAAAUUCCGGCUGUGAAAGAAUAUCAUCAGAUUACCAAAGUGGAGGGGUGGAUGAACGAGUAUCCAGACGUCUACGAUCCUCAAACCUAUCACAUUUCUCAAACGCAAUCGGUUUACAUACGACUACAGGGUACGUUGCUAAGGAUCAGCCAUACCAAGGCGAAGGUGUCGAAGCGGGCGCUGUGGAACGAGCCUAAGCACAAACACAUCGUGUUUUCCGGCCAUAGAAUAUACAAUUUGUUGGGAGCUCACGUGAGCCUAUUGCCGGUAGCUCUCAAUAGAAGAAGACAUUGGAGCAAGAAGUAUCCGAUUUGUAUAACGAUUAACAAGGAAAAUUUACAUUUGAAUUCGAGCGAUGCGUCCGACUUAGACGAGGGACAAAAAAGUAAAACGAAGAGCGAGAUGUCCGAUAAAAAAUCGAAGGCGCCCAAAAAAGAAAGCAUCACGCAGACGCAGAUCUUUAGUAAAUUAACGGAAGAGGAGAUGAAUUUGGAAGAGUGCGAAAGUGCGCAGGUGGAAUCUCUAGAUCCUGCCUCUAAAACUACGGAGGAGGGUGAUGAAAAUGGUGAGGCGGACGAUGAAGACGAUUUUAAGGAAAUAUGUACGGCUGAUGAUGAACAGGAUGACGAGUCGUUUAACUUGGAUUGGACCACGUUUGUUUCGGACGGUACACCGACAGAAACGCAUAUAUAUUUAUUUGCUCGUUCUGAUCGAGAGAAGGAAGACUGGUAUCGUAGAUUCGUUACCGCCACCCAUAGAGAUUCGGACUGUAGGGAUUCCCAAAGGACGGACACUAAUGUUUGGAACGAACGCGAGUAUCUCACUUACAUGAAUAAAUAUCAAAAGCUGUAUGAUGAUUCCAAGUCAGAUACCAAGGCUAGUUCGAAUGUUGCGUGGAUAAACUGCAUGAUCAGUCGGAUUCUGUUUGAUUGUACCCGUGAUCCGACAUUUUUGGGCAAACUCCAGCAGAGGAUACAGCGUAAAUUGAGUUCUAUUAAGUUGCCAUACUUUAUAGAACAGUUGAGCAUCAGUGAGCUUUCAUUAGGUAACAAUCCGCCAUUAAUAUACAGCGUGGGUAGCCCGACUUUAGAUCAACGAGGCCUUUGGAUAGACCUGGACGUACGAUACAAUGGAAGUCUAGUGUUGAAGUUACAGACCAAGUUAAAUCUAAUGAAACUGAAACAUUUGCCCGCCAGUGGGAGUUGCGAGGAUUCCUCCUUCGCCAAGUGGCAGUACUCUGACGUGGACGACACGGCGGAAAGUAGCUCGGAUGGUGAAAGUUACGCGCCGUCGGCGGGGAAAGUCGCCGAAGCGAACGCGAACACUACGGGGAGCGGCGGAACUAGUAAUAGCAGCAAGAAACUGUUUAAAAUGGUCGACAAAAUAGCAGAGUCGAAAUUCUUUCAAGCGGCAACUGAAAAUCGUUAUAUAAAAAAGGCGAUGGAGGGUGUAUCGAAUACCGAUCUAAGUUUGAAAGUUGAACUUAAAGGUUUUGUCGGUACCUUGGUUCUAAAUAUGCCACCUCCUCCAAGCGAUCGAGUUUGGAUAGGGUUUAGACCUUUACCGCAGUUGUGGCUAUCGGCACACCCUAUAGUCGGUGAAAGAAAUUUCUCUUUUAUCAAGCAACUCACAACUUGGAUUGAGAAGAAGCUAACCCAGGAAUUUCAGAAAGUCCUAGUAAUUCCGAAUAUGGAAGACAUCGCGAUACCUGUGAUGUCAUCGGCAUUGCCAACUUAACGCCUAGCGGAGCACGUGUGAUGUGUUUGUCGUUUUAUAUUUGUGAUAUUGGUAACAAGGCUCGUUCCCCAAUUCAAAAUGUGACGUGCAAGAAUUUAUAAAACAAAUAUACCUCUGUGUACUUUCAA